GAAGAAGAACCGCGGGAAGCAGUGUCUAACUGUGGAAAUGGCGCUCAGUGGUCCAGGAGCCUGAAGACUGGGCUACAUAUCGCGCUGGUCAAUCAGUUUCAUCGUCCCGGGGAACGUACACAUGGACAGCGCUGUGAAAACUAGAGGAUAAUGACAGAGAAGAGAAGAUAUCGAGAGAUUGGUCAAGAAAAACAAAACAUUGGUGGCUGUUUUAGAGCCGUGAUCGUCGGGCAGGUGAGUGUAACGUGAACGUUUGGAGCAGUUAGCGGCUCAUUGCAUCACGUUUUCCUGCGUAGUUUGGAUCGCUAACAAGGCUGUAGUGCUAAAGAGGAGCCAGAUAAAACAACAUCCACCCACAGGGGGAAUAUAUGUCGUCUAUGCUGACUCUGAACUAUACGGUGAUGUGUAAAGCGCCACGCUGUUUGAAGUUAAACGGGUGCUACAGCAUGUCUGAGCUGAGGGUCUGCGGCUAAAGCUAAUCCAAGACACCUUUAUUAUCUUCAACAGUUUGCAGCACCAUCUUAUAAAUUCGCGGAGACAUGUAAUGACGAGACCUUUGUCAAGAUUGUGGUAAUGAGAAAAUACAAGUGCUAAUCGUAGAAGUAAGUGUUGAGGUGUGUCACGCUAAACCAACGCAUUUACUCUGCUAACAAGAGCGUUUGCUAACCAAAGUACUUGCUAGGCACACGGACCGCACUUUAGCUACUAACAAACGGAGCCAUUUGAUAGAUUUAAAGGCUCAGUGUUGAAGUCAUUUGAUUUUUCCUGUAAAACUCUAAUAAUUAAUCCACAGUUACGAUGUGAAGUACCUCCCUGUUGUCAUGCAUUCACGCAGCUACGUUGACUAGCUCCACUGUGAACUCAGAUAAACCGUAAUCCUGCAUGACCUUGCAAGCUAACUGAGUAGCCUGCUAAUGCUGCGAGAAACUUAUAUUUUGAAGCUAUUUGUCUCACUUCGGCACCAAACAACACCAACAACACGUCGUUUAUAUGUUCCACUGCGAUAUAGUAUCGGUGACAGUGUGUAUUAUACUGUAUAAGAAGAGAGCUUUGUGUUUGUUUACAUCAUGUCACGUUAGCUCCGCGCUAACAGCUGCAGCUAGCAUGUGCCGCACAUCAGCUAACAACCGUGCUACUUGUAGUCCGUUAAUCGAAAAUUAUAUGUGCUUAUUAAGUGAAAUCCUGUCUUGUGUGGCUUAUAAUAACUUCUAGUAAUGGUUGUUUGUUUUAACAUUUGAUCUAAUUGUGUAAAAGUUAGGGGCUGUCACGCCAAGUUUUGAAAUAAUGGCACACGUGAGCGCUCGGUGUAACUGAAGGAGUCAGAUAUGUGACUUUUAUUAACUUAUAAGCUGUGUUUAAGUCUUUACUUCUUUACUUCUGUGUGUGGCUGUCUUUAGCCGUGUUUCUCUUCUCGAUGUUCUAAUGUGUUGAAUCUCGCGUCACUGCAUGUGGCUGCGCAGUGACAGGCGUGUUGCGCGGGAGUUCACUUGAAUCUAAUUUUUUCUUCUCCAGUGUGGUCACAGAGGGCAGUACUGAGCCCACAUAUUCCAGCCUCAACAUGAAAGGCAUGGAGUUGGCCUUGAAAGCACCAUACUGCACAACAUACCGCUGGAGAUAAUAUUAUCUUGUUUGAACAUGGGUAGUUGAGCAAACUUUGAGGACAGCAAAAACAUUCAGGACCUCGGGUCAUCUAUAACUAUCUUAUUCAAGAGUAAAACAGGAACAGAAAUACACUGAGAAGAUGGUAUGCUUACUAAACCACCCGUGUACGAAAAAAUAACAGCUGACAUAAGCAAAGUCAUCACAAGUUUUUACUUGUUUUCAGUUUUGGAAAAUCUCAUUAACCCUAGAACACUUUCGCCACAAUUAGUAACACCUUCACUAUCGCCCAGGUGAUUUUUACCUGAAAUAAUAUACCCAAGAAAAAAUACUUGUCAUCAAAAUAUAUCAAAAUAGGACAAUACGUGACAAAUUAAGUAGUUGUCUUUCAUUUUUGUCUGUGCAAUGUCCAAAGGGAGGAAAAAAAACAUGAGAGGACCAUAUACAAAUGCAACAAAAUAACUGAAAUUAGGCAUUCAUGAACCAAAAAUUCCUAAAAACAAAAAACAUAUAAAAACUGUAAAUUUAGUUUCCUUUCCAUCCAUUCCUGAGGCAUAUGAUUCUUUCCUGGUGAAGCCUCAGGGUUCUUGGCACAAUAACAGCUGCAGGACAGGGGACCAAAAUAUGGCAUGUUUUGAGUGACUAAAAAUGAUCAGCUGACUAAAAACAUUUUUUAUCACCAUAUGAAUUCCCUUGAAAACCAAAACUUUGUGAUAGUUAUUAAUAACUACUGUGCUAAAUAAAGACAGCAUGCAAAUUCCAGGACCUCUCUUACUGACUUUAUUCCCAACAUGCAGCUAUCAAAUCCACCCAAACCUACUUACCCUCUAUGACUAUUGCCGGGCGAAAAUCACCCGAACACAUGCCUGUAGGAAAAAGCAGGAUUUGGAUCAGGGAAACAAACAUGCCUUCAAAGAUGUUAAAGGACAUGCUGAAGCUACCCAGGGACCCAUGAUACUCAGACAAACACAACAUAAUGAAAAUCACAUAAACAUGUUUGGUCAGGCGAAAAUCAUCCAGCGGUAUUGUUCUAGGGUUAAUUUCAAAUGUACAGGCCAGCUCAAACUGUUAGAACUCUGAUGACAGAAACUGUGCACAUAAAAUGCCUGGGACAGUCAGGAUUUUGUGCCAAGUAAAUGAAAAUAAAAAUUUAUUUGAACAAAAUUCUUUAAAAGUUCAAUAAGAAAAGAUCAAGACUGAGUUACUUUUGAGUGCCAUUUAGCUUCAGUGUCUUAGAUCUGUACUAUUAGCAUCAGGUUUGUUUUGAAUCGGUGUGGAGAAAGAUUUGAAAAUGACAUUUUUAAUGUUUUUUUUUAUGCCAGUCAUUCAGAAAGUGCUUCACCAGAGCUAUUACCCACAGCAGGCUUUCACAACCCUCAUCUCCAAAUGAAUAGAUGUGUAGCAGCUUGUUUUGAAAGCAAACCCAGUUGUAGUCCCAGUUGUCAGUAGGUCUGCUCACAGGACAUUUCCUGACAACUGGGGAUACAAGUGUGGUAUGAAACAUAGACCCCCAUUGUUCUGUAAGCCCUACUGGAGCAGUCACAGUCUGGAGUGGAUUAAGGUAGAAGGAGGCAUGUAAAAGAGUGUUUUGCAGGCUCUUAUGAUACUUAGCAUUGUUUACUCUGUAUGAUCCCAUGAAUAAUGAUAUCUACCAAGUACAAUGUUCGGCUCAGUCUCCUAAGCUCUAAUUUUGCAAACAACCUAGACAUGAAGGGUAAAUAGAUUUACUGCUGUUUCUAACAAAUUAUAUGUUCUGCUGUUUUUUGUUUAUGAAUACAGUGAACCAUGCACAACCGGGCUGCCCAAGUCACCAGCAGUCUGCUGCCUUUCCCAGCGGUUACUGUAGACGCCCUGGGUGAGGAUGAGAUCACCCUCGACUCUGUGCUACAUGGGAGGUUCACUGUUGGUAAGCAUUUGUUUUUUACACUUGAUAUUAUAAUAAUUGAUGCAUUAAAUAAAAUGAAAACAAAUAAAAGAAUGGAAAGAGUUAAUCAGAAAUAUUGACUUGAGUUGACUCAGAAAAUGACCUUACUCUUUUGAGGAACUUAAUUUUCCUUUUUAAGUGAAAGUGUAAAAACAGCUCGUACAGCUAGCUGCAGGUCACUUGUUAUCCACUAAGCUGUUUGUCAUUUAAAAAAAGAGCCUAGGCGAGUGAUGUUUAUUGAUCUUGUCCUCCCCUCCGUUCACUUCCUUGUUUUUAUUUGAAGGCCGCAGUGGGCUGGCCUGGCUGGCCUGUGGCCCCCAUCUAGAGGUUGUGCAUGCAGGGACAGGAGAACGGCUGUCUGCAUACCGCUUCAGUGGCGGGGGAGAGCACCCGCCCAGUGUCCUGGCUGCCAGAGACUUCAGCUGGCUGAAACGGUCAGAGCUUUAUUUCAUUUUCUUUUUUCCCAACAGUCUUUUGAUGUGGAUUGUAACCAUUAGAAAUAAACCCCUAACUUCUCAUUUAACUUAAAUGAAUGUUUGUCUACAACCACCAGAUUUUCAGGCUUUUAUUUUGUUCUAGGGUCUAUUGAUGACGGAGUAAAGGUAGAUUUACAUGUAUAAACCUUUACUGUUUGUUUGUUAACAGGUCUGGAUUGCUGGUUGGCUUGGAAGAAACAGAGGGCAGCGUGCUGUGUCUUUAUGACUUAGGACUGUCAAGGGUGGUCAAAGCUGUCGUUAUACCAGGCAGGGUGAGUUACGUUCAAAUUCACCCCCAACCCAAAUCAGACAAUUCUCAGCAAGAGUUAGCACACAGCUGCCAAGGGUGAAUAGAAAAAUAAAACCCAGCACAUAAAAACCUCAGAGAAUUUUUAUUGACUAAAAGUGGACUUUCUUUUCAUCUAGAUUACAGCUAUUGAGCCACUUGUGAGUUAUGGCGGAGCAAGCACCUCGACCCAGCAUCUUCACCAGAGUCUACGUUGGUUCUUCGGCAUUGCUGCUGUAGUAACCGACCUCGGCCAUGUUCUGCUUGUAGACCUCUGUCUGGACGAUCUGUCCUGCAGCCAAAGUGAACUGGAGGCCUCAGGUGAGGAGCCAGAACUUCAGUUUAUGACAUUAAUGUGCAUGUUCUGUUGUGCUGAAUAUUAAUGUGUGGUUUUAUCCCUCAGCAGACUUAUCUUGCUGUCUGGUGGUCAUACCACACAUUUUCUUCUGCCAGAGACCCCUUCUCUAUUCUAAUAUUUUUUUCUUUGUUCUCAGACCUGCAGGUAGUGACCAAAUCCCCUUCAGAGAUCCCGCGGCUCAGAGAAGUCAGCACCAGACAGGGCAGACACCUUUGCCUCCAGCUGAAUGCUCCCAGUGGAGUCGGAGCCACAGCUCUGCAGUACAUCUCCAGGACCAACCAGCUGGCAGUGGGCUUCUCUGACGGAUACUUACAGCUGUGGAACAUGAAGGCCCUAAAGAAGGAGUGGGUCCUUGCCUUUCUUCUUAUAGCACAGUCAAACCUUAUGUGAUGCAUGAUAAGCUAACUUUUGUUGUGAUUUGUCAGCUGUCAAUCAAAAGUUAAGUGAUUGAUUCAAAAUCAAGUGACAUGGCCUUGUUAUUAAAUGUCAUGUCAAAAAAAUUCUAAGUAUAUAUUUAUGAUUGUGUGGAUUUUGUUUAUUUGUAUGUAGAUACCACUCCCAGUUGGACAGUGGUAGGGUGCCUGUGUAUGCCUUUACCUUCCAGGAGCCUGAAAAUGAUCCCAGGAACUGCUGCUACCUCUGGGCUGUUCAGUCUACUCAGGACCUGUAAGUCUUGCACACAACAAGCACUUCAUACAGGUAGAGCAGGGUUAUUUUUGUUGUGUUUGUUUUCACCCAUGCUCUUGUUCUGUCUCUACCUCCUCUAACUCCUACACAGUGAGGGCGAUAUGGUCAGCCUCCGCCUGCUCCAGCUGGCUUUCAGUGAAAGGAAGUGUCUAGCUUCUGGGAAAAUCCUCUAUGAGGUCUGUUGUGCUAACAAGAUUACAUCAAUAUUAACCCUCCUUUCACUUCAAUUACUGAGCUCUUUACUGUGCAGUUCAGGCCUGUAGCUCAAGCCUCUUUGGUUUAUCCACCAUCUUUGACCUUGUCUCCACCAGGGUCUGGAGUAUUGUGAGGAGCGUUACAGCCAGGAGCUAAGUGGUCCAGCGUUCCCUCUCAGGGCUCAGGCCACCAACACCCGCCUACUGAGUUGUCAGACCAUCGAGAAGUUCAGACCUCACCCAGAUAGAGAUGACAGUAUGAAUGAAGGUUAGUCUCCCCAACUUUCAAUCUAGCCUUAAUACUUUGUACUUUGAUAUAUUCAGAAUAAUUGAAAUGUUUCUUUGUUUUUAAUACACUGCAGAUACAGAAAACUCCAAACCUUUGUCACACCUGUUAUCAAUCUUUUUGAAUGACUUUUUCACUCUCUCUUCAUCAUAUUUUCAGUUGCCUCUCCAGACACCAGUGUGUCUAUCUUCAGCUGGCAAGUGAGGGCCUAUGGUCAGGGGACUCCGUGCACUUACAUCGGGGUUUUUGACAUCAACCGGUGGUACCAUGCACAAAUGCCAGACUCUUUGAGGUACAGUCAAGUUCAGACAUUUUACUUGUUCUUUGCUGAAAAAGGAACUCAUGUGAAAAAGGAACUUGUAUGAUGUCAGGUUGAGGGUGAAGGGGUAUGGGGGGGUGUCACAAGCUUACCACAGCCAUGUAGAUAUUUACAGAUUUAAAUGUAAAUGAUUAGAAUAUACAACAGAAAUAGUUUUGGCCUUUUCAUAUUCAACUCAAUAAAGAGAGCUAGGGCUGCACGGUUAAUCAAUUUUAAAUCGUAAUCGGAUUAUUUGAUUAUGACAGUGUUAAAAAAAGGGCCAGGCCACCGUGGGCUUCCGCUUUCUACAAGCGCUCCCCAGUUCCCACACACGCCACUGUAAACAAACAUGGCGUUUGCAAAAGAAGGCAAUGAUUUCUUGGCUAUAUAGGGCAAGAGCGAGUUAGUCAUGUGGAAUUGGUACAGCUCCGCAGUUUCGCAUAGAGAGCAACCACUCCCCACUGCAGAGUCUGUCUGAAAGCGGUAUCAACUCGUCCACAUGGAAAUGAAUUCAGGAGUAGAUGCAAAAGUUUUGGAAAAAAAUUAAGAGAUCAUAGAAAAACUUUAUCAAAAGUGAAUUUUAGUGAAAUUGUCACUGGAAAAAAAUUUACAACCACAAAUAGAGUUUAUCGAGGAAAAAAAUAACAGGAUUUUAUUUUUGGCCAAAAUCGUGCAGACAUAAGGAGAGCCACAGAUUUAAAUAAAACUGCAUUGAAUGUUAGAUAGCUUGUAGAUAUCCUGGAAAAAGACCAUUAUGUAUAAGGGGGUAACCUUUUGGUUAUUUGGUUUUCAAAAGUACAGCUAGAUGUUUAAUAGUUUUCAGUCAUUAUGAAACGUUUCUUUUUUAAACUAUAUUAUUUUUCCAUAUAAAAACAUUGACAUUAUUGGUUAUGCAUUGUGGACCUUUUUUUUUGUGUGUGUGAUAUUUUUACUUUUAAGCUGCAUCAAGAUCCCAUUGGAACAUCUCUUGAGUCUGCUCUACUAAAGACUAUAACUACUUGGUUAUAGUCGUCUAACUUGUGUAUGCAUAGAGUCUUAACUGAGGGGCCACUGUCAAUUAUCUGUCAAAGCAGAUAAGUCAAACCUGUUGCCCUAGAUCUUGUGUGUAGAACAGGAUAUAUAUCAUUUUUCCUCCUUACGUAGAUAACACCGUUCACACUGACGUGCUGAGCUCCUACAUGACUUGUUUAUGUGUCAAAAAAAAUUCCAGUCAGCACUUCUCCUUGGCUCCCUGUUCUACUUACAAUGUACUCUCAAAGAAAGACUCUCAGGAAGUAGGUCUUUGGAUAGCUGAUAAAACUGUUGCAAGACAGCUGAUUUUUUUAACCGUAUUAGUUUUUACACCAACAGUCAGUAUUUCCCCAACGUUUGUCUGCUGCUAAUUGGUGUUUACAUGCAAGAACAGUGGUGCAGGCCAUUAAAUAUUUAGUGUGUCCCCCUGUGCUAGGUGUAGUAAUCAUUUUUUAAAUUCACUGUUACACUGAGCAUCACUUCAUUCAUGUGUAUUGUGUUUGUUUUUGAUCAGAACGGGAGAGUCUCUGCAAAACUGUCCCUAUCUGGCAGUUUGGUCGCUGGACCCUGUGGUGCAGAUGGUGUCUCAGCACCUCCUCCUGGAUGUGGCAGUGCAUGAGCGCAGCCUGAGCAGAGGCCUGCCCUACACCUGUCCUCCACCAGAACAGUACUUUAAUCCUACCACCUAUAACUUUGGUAGGUGCAGCACCUUUAUUUACACCAAGAUGAUCUGAUAACAGAAAUGACUAUUUUCGGGUGAAGUCACUGUGUGCUGCUGUUUUUGUCUGUCCAUGUUGGGCAGGAAUUUGGUUGUGCAUACAAAUAAAGGUCAUUGUUGCAUUCUCAUUUUGCUGAGUAAACUCUUCUUUUUAUCUUUGAAUUUCACAGAUGCUACCUGUUUGUUGAACUCUGGAAUUGUGCACUUAACCUGCUCUGGGUACCAGAAAGAAGUGAGUUUAUAAUACGACUGUAUACUAAAAAAUACAAUGACUGGUUUAAACUUUCUUUACUUCAGCACACAUGAAUGAUUUUGUAACAGUUAAAUAUAAUUUUUUUGUGUGUGUGUUCCUGUAUUUUACUGGCAUAAGCUGGUAUAAUGUGUAUUGCACAGACUGCACAGUAUCAACUAAGCAUCUCAUUACUCUUUUUGACAUACAGACCCUGAGCUUUUUGAAGAAAGCUGCUCCUUGUUCCAGUGACGUCAUCUCCACCAGCUACUCUCGCUGCCUCAUGUCUGGCCUACUCUCAUCUCGCCUGGCUGACACCCAGGCCUCCAGCCUCUCUCAGGUAUGCACACACACUCCUGCUCUAUAUGUCUUAGUUCACAUUAUAUGAAAUCUUUUAUGUCAUGCAAACCAUGAGAUCCAUUCUUAACUUUCUGUACAACUGAGCAUGUACUCUGUGUUGUAGGAGGAACAGCUGGAUGCAAUAUUGUCCACAGCAGUGGAGACCAGCUCUUUGGGACUGAUCACUGGAUGUAUCAAGCAGUGGACCGCAGAGGGUGAGUAGUGACACUUGGAACAAGCAUCAAAUUGUUUUCCUGAGCCCAGCGUUGUCGUAUUAGCAGGUAGAAGGGGGAGAUGUUGACUUGAUCUUCUCAGCCCAAUGAUCAACUUUUAUUUAGUCCAUCUGUCUCUUCUUAACAGAACAACCAGGCUCUGCACUGAACCUGCGCUACAUCCUGGAUUGGGCCUGGAACAAAGUCGUCCAAACCAAGGAGGAACUGGAUGGCAUCUGUAUGUUUUGGUUUACUUAUUUUGCUUUAAUCAUAAGAUACAAAUUAUGUUUAGAUGUUUUAUUAAGCCCAUGUAGUAGUCAUUAAGAUAAUGAAAAGGUCCAGAAGUUUUGACUACUCAGUGACACAUUUGAAUAGAUGAGAUCAGAUACUUUUGCAUAACCUGUUUGUAGGCUAAAUAUACUUGUAAAGUUGAUGACAGCUUUGUAAUGCACUGCCAAGGAUUUGAAAAGUUUGCUUCAUAUUUUCCAAUACCUUUUCUAUAUUUUUAUUCAAGCCACAAAAAUGCUCCUGUUUCUCUCAUGUCUAUGCUUUCUGUGAGUUUGCUGAGUUCAUGUGAAGUUUCUGUUCUUAUGACUCAUCUCUGUACCCCGCUGUACCUGCAUGUUCUGUAGGUGCACCGCUCUUUGACAGCUCAUCCAACUUCACAGACCCUCAGACUAUGCAGCUGCUCCAACACACCCAGAGGCUGCUCAGUAACCUCAGUACCAUCUUCCACUGUCUGCUCAGUGAAGCUCAGGAGCUCACACAAAAAGGUGCAGCACCCUCACCCUUAUAGUUCCGAGCUCAUGUUAUUUGCCUGUCAGCACGCGGUCGUCUUUGAUUCUAAUGUUGUGGUGAUUAUAUCUGUUUUGUGUAGGCCUGGUUGGUCUGAUGAACAAGAAUAUGGUGUCCAGUCUGAUUUCCAAGUACGCUCAGGUGGUGCUCUGGUUCUGUCGUACUGGGUUACUGCCUGAAGGAUCAGGUAAAGUGUCACAGACAUCAACAUGAUCUAAGAAACCCUACAAAUUAGUUCAUACAAUAUGACACAGUUUGAGUCAGUGAUUCAAAAACAUGAAAGCUGAAUCUGUUGUGGUAAAAAUAAACAGAUGUUCAUGCAUCUCUUGAUGUCGUAUAUCACAUUUAGUAGAAAAUCAUUGGGUCAUAUGAUUCUCUGAAGGGUUGCUGACUUUAUGAACAUUAAUGUAUUCACUGUACUAAAUUUUUCCUUUCUCACUCUGAUUUGCAUUUGUCUCUUUUCACCAGAUGAUGACGCUCUCCAGAUCUCCAGGCCUUUCUAUACUCCCUCAGUCAUCAGUAACUAUUACACUAUACGCAGAGAGGAGCUCACCAGGCUGGCUAAGUGAGUAAACUUGGCUUGAUAGUGGUUCAUUCAUUCAUGCUUCGGCUCAGUGAUAAGUCCUCACACUGGAUGUCUUCAUAAUUCGGAGUUCUCACGAUGUUUCAAUGACGGAUGCACAGCUCAGUUGUUACUUAUUCUUCAAGGAUGAUGACCUGACUUGACCUAUUGUUGAAAUUCUCCUGUUGUUUAUUAUCUUCAGAGGCAAGUGGUGUGCAGAUUGUCUGAUGAUCGACGGUUUGGUGAGUCAGUGUGGUGGACGCUUGACCAACCUGUGGAAAAGGGACGAGGGUGGGACAGGGCUUUACCCCCCACCUUCACUGCAUGUAAGCAUUAUGACUGUUUAUUCUUUAUGAUCAGCUGUAUGCCACAACACCUCAGACACACUGAGUCAAGACUUAAUCCUCAUACCUUUUCUCAACAGGCUUUGUUGGACAUUUAUCUACUGGACAACAUUGAUGAUGCUGCCAAACAUGCUAUUGUAUCCUUUUAAACAGUAAAGCUCGAACCAGAGCUUUUCUUGUGUGUUUCCAUCAGCUGUUUAAUCUGCUGCAAUCAGGUUUUUUUUUAUUAUUAUUAUUCUUAAAACAUGUAUCGGGGUCUAAACUUAAUAAUCAAUAAUUUCGGCUUGGUUUGUAUUUGUCUGUAAAUUUAUUGUCAUGAUUGAAAAUCUCCAAGGUUUUCUAACUUUGGAAUAAUCAAAUCUUAUUUAGCUAUAAGCCUUAACCUGUUGCCCCAGGUGAUUUACCUGUUACUGGACAUCAUGCACGCCUUUCCCAGUAAGGGAGGAGCAUCUGUGGAGUUUUUCCCCACAGCUUUCGCCAUCCCUAUAGGCCUGGUGAAACUAGUCCAGGGCCUCUGGCUGCUGGACCAUCAUGACCACCAGGUACACACAGAUUGACCCUGAAAUGUUCAUUUGAGUUAAACAAAAUCUUUUGUAUUUUCCCUUUAUUCAAAGUUUUGAAAUCAGUGACAUUAGAAACACAGUAAUCAGACUCUCCAGACUUAUUCUAUCAUCUAUUCCUCUGUUCAGUGAUCAGAUCAUUUUUUAAAGGGAUGUUUCUUCUUUGUCUCGAUCAGAGUUCGUUUGAGCUCCUCCUGCAUCCUGCAGCCUCUCAUUGUCAGUUUGAGUGGCAGCAUGAGCGGGUCCUGCAAGCACUGAUGUGCCAGGGACAACAAUCGGUGGCACUACGGUACUUCCAUGUCACAAAGCCUCCGAUUUCCUCCACUGCCCAGGCCAAACUCUGCCUGUCUGUUUUGCUACACAACAGGUAAGAGAAAGGGGACUCUCAUGAGGAAUAGCAAAAGAAAAUCUGUGAAAAGCAUAAAAUCUGUGAACCAUGCAAACAUUGUCAUUGUUUUGCGGCUUUGAAAGGUGAUAUGAAAACUGUUUUAUAUCAUCGCAAACAUUGUCGCUGUGUUGUUCCAGGUGCCUCGUAGAGGCAUGGUCUUUACUCCGGCAGCACUCCAGUCGUCUGAACAUGGCGGAGCUCAUGGGCUUCCUGUAUGAGAGCUGCCAGGAGCUCGGCCUCAUCAAGGAGCUGCUCAAGCUGCCCCUGGGCCUCGCUGAGCAGGUAAGACAGAUAUGAUUGAACACAUGGUUGAUACAUGGUGACUACCAUUAUAAAGAUUGAACUACAAAGCUGAAGCCUAAAACUCGUGGUUCUGCGGUCUGUGUUUCAGGAAUGUUUGGAGAAGUUUCUGCAGGGUACAGGGGGUCUCCAGAACCGAGAACUACUGAUGGUUCAUUACCUCCAACAGGCUAACUACAUUCCUGCUCUGCAGCUCAACCACAGCCUUAAACUGAAUUUAGUGGUAAGUUGGCCGCACCCAAACAAAGUAUCACACUGAUAAAUGUCUCUUUAUUAGUAAUUCAGGAGCAGAUGUCCUAAAUCAACUGCCUAUUUACACUUCUAAACCUUAAACAACAAAAACCCGACUGGAGAAAUCUUGAGGUAGAUUAUCUAGAGGGGUGAUACUUGUGUCUGUUCAAAGUAAACAGCCUGUUCUAUUUCAUCUUUUCCUCCCAGAACGAGCGAGACCCGAAGCUCAAAGAACGAUCAAACACCAGGAACUCUAUAUUGGAUCAGUAUGGAAAAGUUUUGCCCAGAGUUCAGCGGAAGCUGGCAAUGGAAAGAGCCAAGCCCUACCAGCAUCCUACGUCUCUCCACAGAGAGGGUGAGCUGGUGCUCCACUCAGCUUCAUCCCUGUUAGAGAAGAGUCAGAGUUGAUAGAAGUGUUCAACACACAUGAAUGUCAAAGUCUUUUUUAGUGUAGUUAAGUCUUUUAUUCUGUAAUAUUGCUCUUUUGACACGUCCUUUGUUGUUUGUUGCAUCUGUAGUUUAAGUUAAUUCAUUCCCAACAAAAGCUUUAAUAAAACGAAAAUUCAAUAUCAUAUUCAUGCUCUGCUCCAGUUGCUCGGCCCCAGCCAUUAUCGACAAUCACUAAACGCACGACCAGUGAGAAGUUGAUGUCGAGGGCCGGCUUCAUCAACAACGUCCUGACCAAAAUCGAGGAGGUGUGGUUAGGGAAAGGAGCUACACCACAAUCCUCCCCGGCAAAGAGGUGAGCUCCAGUUCAGAGAUUUUUUUUUCUUUUGUAGUGUAUGUUUUUGUGUGUUUUCUUAUCGUGCAUUUCCUGUCUGCCAGUCCCAGGGCUGCAGAUGUUCAGAGUCCUAAGCCCUCUUCUUCGACCCUUCCUGACCCUUUCCUUGGAACUCCCAUCACAAUGACCUCCAAACGAAAAUCAAGGUAAAUUUAAAAGUCUGUGUUUACCCGAGUGAAGCCAGUUCAGUGACUUGAUAUAGUUGUGCGUCUCUGGUGCAGCAUCGUGGCAUCAGUAUUAGUGAAAAUAGAUUACUAUUAACUGAAACAAGACUUCAAAACUCCAGCUGUUGUAUUUUUUCCAUCAUUAAAAUGUCACAAUGUUUGCCUCCUCCUCUUCUUCACUGUGACCCAGGCUGAUGGACUUGGUGGUUCACCCUUCUUGUCAGACCCCUCGCCCUCUGCUCAGCCCCCCAAGACCUCCCAGCUCCUGGAUUUCUCCAAAGAGCACCAGCAAGGCACCUGAGCUCAGUCUGCUGCAAACACCACAGGUGGUCAAGGUGAGCAGAAUAAUGUAGUCUUAUUUCUUAACAAAUGUCGGACUCCAUUAUUGCGUAAUCCUUCACCCCUCCAAAUCCGGGUCUACAUUUUUAUUUGACGACAUUCCUUUUUUGAUCAUUUAGUCCUUUUGUUGAUAUUCAGUCACACUUCUCUGUUCUUGUUCUCUCAGCGAGCUCGGGCCUUGGCUGCUUCUGGUCCUGUUUUCUCAGGCUUCACUCCACAAUCCAUCCUGCGCAGCAGCCUGAGGCUCACACCCGUUGCCACUCCUUCUGCUUCUCCAGGACGCUCCGUCACCCCCCCACUUCGCAGCAAAGAGAACCGAAUCACCUUCGUAGAAGAGGCUGAAUCUCCUGAGCCAGAGAAGAGCAUCAGAUGGACUAACGGGGUAAGAUGACGUCCUUAGAUCACGGUUUGAAGACCACCGACACAGUGCUGGAAAUCCGACUCAGGGUUUUUAAUUAUUUUUUUUAAAUCAUGUUUAAAAAAACAACAAAAAACCACUGAAAACUCCUAGUUAGUUAGAUCUGGAUAUGAUUAGUAGAGGGCAGCUGGAUAGCAUAUAGCCUGCUGGAGAAGAAGGAAGACGAUGCAUCAGCGAGCAGCAAAUUUGAAAUGAUGGAUGCCAUAUACACCAAACCAGGAGAAGAAACUGCAAUAUUGAAAACAGGGGUGAAAAACAAGUGGCGCUGGGCUUGGGCGGAAGAGGCUGAAAAAGAUGGAAAGCCUUACGGUAGCUGGUGAAAACUGAAAGAGUCAGGUGCUUGUUUUUGUGAGGCGUGCGCCAGAAAGCUUAUAUAUGGCAGCAGUUGGAAAAAGUUUGGUUAAGUUAGAAAGAUAUUCACAGAUUCGGACCUCUGGGAUCAAUGACUCUGAGAUGGAACGUUGUCCAAACACAAAUAAUGCCUCUUUCACAUAAUAGCACAGACUACUAACUACAAGAAUCAAACAUUUUUUUUACAAAACCAAGCUGUUCGUCGAGCUGGAUGAAUAACAUUGAUCUUUAUGCACAGCCAGUAGCUGGGUGAGUGUGCGGGGACCGUCUGAAAAUUGCAAUACAAGAGCAAGACACUGUAAACAAAAAUCAAUAGCUCCACUGUUAUACAGUACAGAGACUCCAAAAUCACCACACACACCAAGGGUCUCCUCAUGGCCAUACUACAACAGCUGUUUUGGAGAAAUGUGUCUUUUUAUAAUUUUGGUGAUUUUUUAAUUAUGAAUCAUUAAUAGUUUGCAAUAUUAAUCAGUAGCUCCACUGUUAGAUUGAGUUGAGUUGAAGAGUAGAUUGUGUCUCUCUCUCACCCUCUUUGUCCUUCUCUCUAGAUGGCAGCAGAGAGUGAGAUCAGCUUGUUGACCAGAGGUUCAUUGCUUUCCAAGGCCACGCGUAAGACAUGGUCCUCACAGCCUGCUGAAGAGGAUGGAGACGAAGAGGAGGAACAACCUCAAGUGAAGUUCUUGCCUCCAGAAGGUGGCAUCUCCUCUCCUGAGCUGAGGUGUUUGGAGGGCGAACCUUCCUCACCCAGUGACGUCGCCGCGGAAACCAAACCAUCUGCACAGGCACGACUCAGCCUGAGCUUUGACACCAGCCAGACAUCUCUCAAAUCAACCGAUACCACGCUGGAGUAUUUUGAUGCUCAGCUCCCUGUAUUCCUGGAAAGAGAGGAAAGACUUGUGAUAAGUAUUAAAGGACAGAGAGAAGAGGAAGAGUCCUCACAAGUCACUGAGCAAACCCCUCUACAGACAUCCAAGGAUCUAGAGAGGGAGGAGCAAGUGGAGGAGUAUGUCUUGAAGGAAACUGAGAUGUGGAUGGACUUCAGUCGUGAUGAUGAAGCUGAAAACAAGGAUGACGUUCAGUCUGAAAAUAAAGAGGAAGAGUUAGUUGAGUCGAGCAGCAUACAAGAAGACGCUGCAGAUCAGGACCAGGAGGAGCUGUCCCGUCACGAUCAAGGUAAGAAGUAGAAGAAUUGACUUUGUUGGUUUCUGCACACUUUGAUGUUAGACACAGGUUCAAGCACCAAAAUCUAAUGACAUAUGCUCGACUCACCGUUUGACGCAUUUCGUCCUUUAUCAGUUUGUGAUCAGGUGACCGAGAGCGCAGAGUCUGUCCAUGAAACUGAUGCUCAGGAUCAACCAGAGAACGACACUGAUGGUCAGGAUCAACCAGAGAAUGAUGCUGAACAGGACAUCCAAUCAGAGGCCACAGAGAUCACCAAUCAGGAAGCUCCUCCUGCAGCUGCUGAACCCUCACAAGAGCCCGGAGAGGAUCCAGAGCCAUCCACAGGUGUGAUGUGUUUUAGUGAUCCUAUUAUAGUAGGGCUGGGCGAUAUGGCCUCAGAUCAAUAUCACGAUAUAUUGAGCAGUUCACCUCGAUAACCAUAAAGGGACGAUAACUACUCCACAACCUGCUCACCCCCUCCCACAUUAACUUCGUCUACUCCAGCCGCUACAACUUUUGAUCCAACCUCCAUCUCCUCACCUGUCUUUCCCUAUUUGUCACGGACUGGAUGGGGUGGAGUCAUGUCUCUGAUGUAGGACAGCGUCUUAAAGGGACAGGAGACCAUAGCCUACCUACACACAUCCAAAACCAACUUUUAUUUAUUUAUAUUUUUGACACUAAAUUUACCGAUCUGGGCAAAAUGACGUUGGUUAUUGUCGUAAAUUUCUGUAUAAGUAAAUUUUCGCCCAGCCCUGUUUUCUUCUGUGAAACAUCAAAAGACAAGUAACUCUUGUGUUACUCUGUGCGAUAAUAAAUGAUCAUGCUGUUUUUGGUUUGUGUCGUUCUCUGACAGAUCUGACAGAGUUUGUGCAAAGACAUCUCUUUGGCAGCGAUCUGAACUCUCCGCUCACUCGCUCAGGAAUCCACGACGCAUCAUAUUCUCAGACAACCUUUAACAGGUACCAACUUCCCCUUUUGUUUUACAAAAUAUUCACUAAGUCUUUUGAAAUGUUGCAUACUUACAUGUCUGGUUUCAAGGUUAAAUCAUGCAAUUCUGCUCCAUCCACAGUCUUGUCCUCUCAAAAUAAAAAGGUUAUACAAAAGUUCUUCUUCCUCUCAUUUCAGUGAGUCAUUAGGUGAGGAGGAAGAGGAGGAGCCGGCUGCUGUCGAAGCUCCCCCGGUGUUCACCAGCCAAAAAUCCACCGUCUCUGUGACAUCCUCUGAGCCAACAGGCACGGACUCCCAUUGUGAGGAAGACCUUAAACACACACACACACACAGAGCAGACACACACACACACACACAAACACACACAGCAGACACAGAUCAUUAACUGUGAACUUUUCUUGAAGUAUUAUGAUCAUUUUCUCACAAAUCUUCACUCUUUGUUUUUCGUAUCUCACAGCUGUUGUGAGUGUAAAUGACAGUGAAGAGCUUUCCAGCCCUGUGUCUGAGGAAGAAGAAGAGGAAGAGGAAGGAGAAGAAGACGAAGAAGAAGAGGAGGAGGAGGAGGAGGAAGAAUCUGAUCAAGCUGAAGAGGGAGAAGAUGAGGAAGAAGAGGAGGAGGAGGAUUCUGGGAGUGAUGUAGAGAUCAUUGAGGAGGUCCAGGGUAACGGGAGGCUGCCACCCCUCCAACCCAGUUCUGUCUUCUUGCAGCAGGAGCACACGCACUUCCUGCCGAGUCUGUCAGAGCAGGAGGCUGCUGCGUUCUCUCUGAUCACACCUGCAGCUGAGAUAAAGGUGAAAAUGUGCAGCUUCAGCGAUUCAUCAGUGCAGUUCUUCAGUCAUCAAAGAGUUCUGUAGUUUUUGGAUAGGAUGCUUUUCUUUGUGAGCUUUGAUGUUGUGAGCUGAAAUCAGUAGUUUUGCUCUUUUGUAAAGGUUGUAAAUGUUUGAUGACAUUUCUCCUCAAAGAAACGAUCAAUAAUCCAUCCAAAUGCCUUCUUCUGUGUUUCCCUAAUAACAGAUGGUGGGGGAGGACUUGGAAGGGGAGGUGGUGAUGGUAAGACUCGGGGCAGAUGAAGAAGGCCUGGUGGCAGAUGAGGUGGAAGACCAGGGAUCAUCUUACAUGGAACUCAAACCCUCCACCACCCUCCUGGUCCCUCUGGAGCUGAUGGAGGGUCAGGAUGGCCUGGUGGACGGUCCUCAGCUGCAUCUCCCUGAGCUCCAGCAGAGCGUGCAGGACGACCUGAGGCCUGACUGUCAGAACACCUUCUCUCUGAUGCUGGACGCUGAGGAGGAUGUGGACAAAGAUGCAGACACCCUCCCGAUGGAGAACGAUCUGCAGUCUGCCGAACCUCCGCCCUUGUUUGCAGAUGUUGAGGAUGUUGACGAACACGAGGUCAAACCUGAAGUUAUUCUUUUAGGCAAAGAUGAUCAAGAGCAGCCACCUCAGUCUGAAGAACUCCCCGAAGAAGAGAGGAGGGAGAAGAUGGACAGCUUAGAUGGCACUGAAGAAGAAGAGGAAGAGGAGCAGACUGAACCAGAGCCUGAAAAACAUGCUGAGCAAACUGAACCACAAACUGAACUCAUCAGGGAAAACCACGAGGAAGAAGAUCUUACAGAGCAGAAGGAUGAAGAGAUGGUUGAGAUGUUUGCCGAGGACGAGGAGCCUGCAGGUCUCACAGAGCAUGUGUCAUCUGCAGACGAAGAACUCCCAGCAGUCAUGGAUGAAAAGGACUCUGAUGACAAGAGCGAGUCUGUCGUGGAAGAGAUGAGAGAGGAGGAGGAGGAGGAAAAGAUGGAGGAAACCAUAGAAGAGGAGAAGGAGGAAAAGUUUGAGGAGAUAGAGGAAAAGAUGGAUGAGGAGAAGGAGGAAAAGGUAGAUGAGGAGCCUUACUGCUUACUUCAAGAGGAGAAGAUGGAUGAGGAGAAGGAGGAGAAGAUGGAUGAGAGGGAGGAAAAUUUGGACGAGGAGAAGGAGGAAAGGAUAGAGGAGGAGAAGUUAGGAGAGGAGAAGGAGGAAAAGAUAGAGGAGGAGGAGGAGAAGUUAGGAGAGGAAAAGGAGGAAAAGAUAGAGGAGGAGGAGAAGGAGGAAAAACCAACACCUACUGAGGGGCAGGAAGAGCCUCAAGAAAACGGCCCCGUUACCAUGGAUGCAGAGGUGUCCCCCUGUGCAGAGACAACGGCUGUUCUGGAGGAGCAGCAGCAAGACGACACAAUCCUAAAAGACGAAGAGGAGCAAAUAAUGGAAGAACCUGAGGCAGAGAAAGAAAAGAUGAAAAAACAGAGGGGAAGACCCAGAAAACAAAAAGAUGUAGAAGAAGAGAAGCAGAUAGAAGUUGAGGUUUUGAGCUCCAACGACCAGCUAGAUGAGCCCCCUGUGCCUGAAACUCCCUCUUCUCAGAGGAAAAAGAAAGCUCCUUCUACCCCGACACGGAGAACCACUAGAGGCAGAACAGUUACCUUUGUCUCACCCGUCACAGAGGAAACCGAGGAGCCUCAGGAGGACGGAAAAGAAGAGGAUGAGGGAACAAGUCUGGUGGUCCCCGCGUCACCUGCUCGUACCCCGAGGAAAAGUAGACAGAACAAAGACACUAACGUGCAACCUAGCACCCCACGACGAAGUGCGCGCAAAGCUCAGCAGGCGUCUUCUGUGCCAGCAACCCCGUCUUCUAAAGAGAAAGCGGAGGAGGUGGUUAACAGCGCCGUUGUCGCAUCUACAUCCAAAGCUGCUUCUCCAAGCAGACGGCGAGGAUCCCAGAGAGCCGCUUCAGCGAGAAGCCAGAGCAGUGCUGAGGAGGUGUCUGCAGCCACAGAGAACGAAGUCAAAGAAAAGGAGGAGCACGAGGAGGACGUGGCAGAUCCAAAAGUUUCUCAACAAACAGGCGCAAAGACUCCCACACCAUCCAAACGCAGGACACCUCAGGCCAACACUCCAAGGAGAUCCAGCAGGAGGAUACUGAGCAGCACUGGAGAUGCUCCAGCACCUCUGGAGGUCUUAGAAGAAGAGAAGGAACAGGACGAGGUCUUUGAGUUGCCUGUGAAACGCAACUCCAGGACUCGACAGUUAAACCAGAUUUCUCUCAGUAUUUAUCCAAAAGUAAGAAUUCAUGAAAUUAUUCAUUUCAUCUCAUUCAUAGCUCAUCAUAUUUCCCAUCAUGUAACUUCUGAAUGUAACUUCUUCACUUCCCCCCUCACUGCAUGUCCAUAAAUCAUCCAUUGUGGGUCAUUGUUGAUGUUUAACACUCACAGGUCAAAGUGGUUCCUCUAUCACUUUCUCAGAGUGCAAAGAAGACGAGAGGAGAGACCACAGCUGAAAAUGCAGAAGAAAGCAAAGUUCUACUGGAGCCUGAACUCAUCAGCAGUGCGUCUCGUACCAACUCCCACCGACCCACUAGAGGCAAACUCUGGGAUCACCCCGAGGAAGACCUCCCCUUACUGGAUUCCCCGCUGGAGGUGGACUCUGAAACUCCUGUAGCAGAUGCACUCAUCAAGAGACUUCAGGAUGAGGCAGAGAAACAAGAAGGUGGGUACAUGGCUGUGAACUAUAACAACAGCUUCAAACACAGAGAGUUUAAAUGUUUGAAGAAAGAAACGGUGACUGUCAUUUGUGCUUCGACUACAGGAGUUGUCACCAAGAUAAUGAGAACCAGCAAGAGGAGCACCAAGUCCUCAGUGGAGCAGAUCGAAGCCCUUCUUCCUGUCAGCGACGGUUUAGAAGAGGAUGAGUCCAGCCCAGGCGAGAAUUCUUUCAUCUAUUCACCCUCACGGAGAAGAACUAGAGGUGAGACCCCUGUGGGAGGUAAUUAGCCAGUCUGAGAGCCCGUCUGUCGUGGAUGGUUUUAACCCUUUUGUUGUGUCUCUUUGUCAGCAAGCAGAGCAGAGUCUCCUGGUCCCAGUGAGGGGUCGGCAGCUCCUGUCACUCGCAGCAGCAGGAGGAGAGUCGUCAAGGAGGCCUCUGAUGCUCCUCAUGUGAGUCCUCUUUGAUCCCUGAUAGACUCAGGGCUCGACAGUGCGACUGUUUCACUCAUUCAUUUGUGACUAAAAAUAGAUGUGUGCAAAUUGUGAAGUGCAUUUAAGGGCACAAGUGCGCGAUAAAUAAAAUCAGCUGAGGCAACAAAUGAUUUUUCAUGUAAAUGCCGCAGUGAAGUUAGUGUUAGGUUGGAUAUUUGAUAGACAUUCACUGCGGAUCUACCGGCGUCUUCUAACUCUCCACAACCAGGAAUAGAAACAGCGCAGUUAAAUCUACUAGGCACCGUGGCUAUCAACGUCGGAUGUUGAAUAAGGGACCAUCAAUGUUUGAUCAUUGAUGUUCUUAAAAGAGGCUGUUUUCCUUCAAUAGCUUCCAUGAUAUGUGACCAAUUGACCUAAAGUUGAUUUCAAAUAAUAAUACUUAUGUCGACCAAUAAGACACACAUUAUUUGAUCAAUUUUCAUUGUGUCCUUGUGGAAAAAAAAAUUUGUGUCAAGCCUUGAGACUGGAUUUUAGUUUUUAACUAGAACUAAAGAUGUGACAGUGGACUCAGCUAAUGAGGCGAUACACCAUAUCGGGCUGGUGAACCCUGCUUCACACACAGCCAGAGUUUUUAAACGCACUGCUGAUGUUUAACACUGUUGUCUUAUAGCGCUUUGAUCAUGUUUGUGUCUUUGUGGCUGUGAAAUGUUUUUAGAGUACCAACAAUGUAAAUUCAGACUUUAACGUCAGACUCCCUCAUGCUGAGUGUUGCUCUAUGUCUGUCACAUACUGAUGUGAGACAUCUUAUCUGGUCCAUGAAAAAUCUCGUCAUGCCUUUUAAGUAGAACAUAAGUAAUUAUUGAACCCUUAAGAAAGAAAUCAAAGUACUGCUUUGUUCACAGGCGGCACCAAAAUCAAUACAGACUGGAAGUUAUUCACAGAAGCUUUAAGCACUUUUAAUCUCUAAGUUCUUCUCUUUGUUUUCAGGACGACAUUUCUCCAGAGGAAAAUGUUGAAGUGGAAACAGACAAAGAAACCAAGACGAGAAAAACGGGCAAAAGAACAGCAAAGUAAGAUCCUGUUUCCUGAAGAGAGAUACUCUAAUACGGCCUGAAACCAAAACAACAACAAAGAUCUGCUUGGUUUGAGGGUUUUAAUGUGGAAUUCAGUUUCUCCACAGUCCUAAAAAAAUGGAGACCAUUCUUUUCUCAAAUCAGCUGGAGAGCAUACCAAGACACAGGAACCCUGUGAUUCUGAUCAGGGUUUUUUCACCAAAUGAUCAUUUCUGAAGUUUCAACAAUAGUAUUUUGUAGAAAACGAAACAUGAACUUCUUUAUCUUUGCGUUGUCAAGUUAAAAACAUUGCAUCUUUUUUUAAUUGUCUGCAAAUACCGGACCUCAGAAGAGAAUAUUAUAUUUAGCCAUUAAAUGUGCUCAUUGUUAUUUUGUGGUCAAGAAAACUGCUCAGUGCUGAGGUCUUUUUCUUUCUCUAUUUUUAGAUCCAAAGCAGUUCCUGAGCCGCCCCCCAUAGCACAGGUAGACCUGAUCUCACCCCUGCCCAGCCCGGCUGAUCCUCCACAGCGAGCUCAGAGGAGGGUGAAGGAGGGAGAGGUCCCCGCCUCCAGUAUGAACCUCCGACGCAAACGCAUCAUGGACACAGUUUUUACCAAACCUGCCACACGGAAGAAGAAACUCUGAGGACUUUGACGUUGUGUGAACUAAGAAACCUCAAGCAGCCUGAAGGUUUUGAACGAUCAAAACCAGAAGCUGUAAAUAAAAGCGUAUGCAGAAACUCUUUAACGGUUCCUUUUCCUCACAGGCCUGGCAGUGCUGCACUUUGUUUGUUGAAGAAGAAAUGAAGCGAUUCAGGCAUGACGGUAUAUUUUUUGGGACAGAACACGCUGGUGACAGCUGUGUGAGAGGACUAUAUUUUUGGAGUUUACACACCCCACUCUACAAACUCACUUGAUUAUGUAUCUGUUGCCAUUUCUGCUGGACAUUUUGCAACGCUCCUUGUGUAGAUUAGAUCUCUGGGCACAGAAUGACAGAAGGGAAAGCAUCGAUGAGGACCUCCAGGAGCUCCCUGUAAGGAUGCCUAGAGAGACUGAAGUGAACCUGCCUCUGCUGAAGAGGUUUUAUUUACAUUCUUAUUAUUUUAAUUCUUUUUGCUGUUGUUGCUGAUGUUUACUUUUAAGAUUUCAAGGCCUGCUGUUUUUUCUAUUUAAGAAGAAAAGCAACCAACCCAGUGGAGACCAGAGAUUUCUACUGAAAGAUUUGUAAAUAGUCUUUUUGCUAUGUUCCAAAUAAAGUUAAUAAAUAAAUAAAAGAAAGAAUAAUGUUCAUUUUGAAGUUUUAAGUGUCUGGAUUGCAUUUGAUCAUCAUCAUAUCAGACUGCCUAUGCCAUAGUCUUAAACUUUCAGAGGGUCGAGGGGUUUUUGUGACUGACACAGACUUGUAGACUUCUGCCAUCAGACCUGGACUGAUUUUUUCUUUUAUGUCAUGGGGAUGUUGUAUAGUGUGAAUGAAAAAAGUACUUGCACAGUGGUUUGAGUUGAUCGAUUCUUUUUGGAUUUGUUAAUAGGCUUGUUUAAUUAAAUUUAUGGCAUCUACCAUCUGACAAAAGGCUAUUUUCUGAUGAAUGUAUGUAGAAUGUCUUAUUUUUGAUGACUGCUCUUUGAUAAAUAUGUUAAAGCUUGAAGACUUCUGAGUGGUGGUCUCGGUUUUAUUUAGCGUCUUAACUGCAUGUGCUUGGUUGCACACUUGGAUGGGUGAAGUGACUGGACCACAAAACCUUGCUUAAAGUUCUAGCUGUUUACCUCUCUAAAAUAACUAUAGCUUUUUGAAAUAUUACCCGCAUCUGGAAACUUACCUUUUGAAAGUUUUCUUUGAGGAACUUUCUAAAGCGGUCACAGUGAUAAAUUUAUUUUACACACUGUAAAUUCAGUGAAAGUUUUAUAAGUUCCUGGGAAACUUCUUCAACAUGUUCUUUCAAAUCCGUUGCUUUGUUGUUGUUGAAAUUAUCCUUUAUUCAUUAUUUCCAUGAAAAAACUUGAUCUACUUGACCGCUUUCCUUUUUUUUUUAGCUGCAGGUCUGGAGCUUUGAUCUGAGCGGCAGUAGCUCAGGAGGUACAGCGGUCAGCCAAUAACUGAAAGGUUGGCAGUUCAAUUCCCCUCUGUCCGUUGUGUCCUUGGGCAAGACACUUCACCCACCUUUCUCCCAGUGUGUAUUCUCCACUGGUGUAUGAUUGUGAGUGUUGUGUGGUGGUGGUCGGAGAGGCUGUAGGUGCAAACUGGCAGCCAUGUUUCUGUCAGUCUG